AUGGACGGCUCAAUAACUCCAGCUGGCUCUUUAGCACAGGGACAAGGGGCCGAGACUGUUAGCAUUGGGGCCCCAGCUACAAGCGCUGGUGUCUCUGACAAGAAAGACUCAAGGGUGUCUUUUUCAAACGCACCCAGCAGAAAGGCGUCCUCAACUGUCCAUGGCUCGGGACAGACCCAGAACCAACAGUCCAGAACCAAUUCUGUCGCGCGUUCAAAGUCCGAGGAUGGACAGAUCGUGGUUGAUGAUGGAGAAUCAAGGGACAAUCAAACUUACAUGCAACGACAGUUUAGUUCCAUGUUACAACCUGGAGUCAAUAAAUUUUCUCUGCGAAUGUUCGGGAGCCAAAAGGCGGUGGAAAAGGAACAAGAGCGUGUCAAAUCAGCUGGCAACUGGAUUAUUCAUCCGUACAGUGAUUUCAGGUUCUACUGGGAUUUCACAAUGCUGAUGUUUAUGGUGGGCAACUUGAUCAUCAUUCCUGUAGGCAUCACCUUCUUCAAGGACGAAACCACCACGCCAUGGAUUAUCUUCAACGUCGUGUCCGACACUUUUUUCCUCGUGGACCUGGUGCUCAAUUUCCGUACCGGCAUCGUUUACGAGGAGAACACGGAAAUCAUACUGGACCCCGAAAAAAUCAAGAAGAAAUACCUGAAGACCUGGUUCGUGGUAGACUUUGUGUCUUCCAUUCCGGUGGAUUAUAUCUUUCUCAUUGUGGAGAAGGGCAUUGACUCGGAGGUCUACAAGACGGCUAGAGCCCUGAGGAUUGUGCGUUUCACCAAGAUUCUGAGCUUGCUCAGGCUCCUAAGACUGUCACGACUCAUCCGGUACAUCCACCAAUGGGAAGAGAUCUUUCACAUGACCUAUGACCUGGCCAGCGCGGUGAUGCGCAUCUUUAACCUUAUCGGGAUGAUGCUGUUGCUCUGCCACUGGGACGGCUGUCUGCAGUUCCUGGUCCCCAUGCUACAGGACUUCCCCUCUGACUGCUGGGUCUCCCUCAACAAGAUGGUGAACGACUCUUGGAGCGAGCUGUACUCCUUUGCUCUGUUUAAGGCCAUGAGUCAUAUGUUGUGUAUCGGCUACGGCAGACAGGCACCGGAGAGCAUGUCUGAUAUCUGGUUAACCAUGCUCAGCAUGAUUGUGGGAGCAACGUGUUACGCCAUGUUUAUCGGCCAUGCCACCGCGCUCAUCCAGUCCCUCGACUCCUCGCGACGCCAGUACCAGGAAAAGUACAAACAAGUUGAGCAGUAUAUGUCCUUCCACAAGCUUCCAGCAGACUUCAGACAGAAAAUCCACGAUUAUUACGAGCACAGAUACCAGGGCAAGAUGUUUGAUGAGGAGAGCAUUCUGGAAGAGCUGAACGAACCGCUGAGAGAGGAAAUUGUUAACUUUAACUGCCGCAAGCUUGUGGCCUCCAUGCCUCUUUUCGCCAACGCCGAUCCCAACUUCGUGACGGCCAUGUUGACCAAGCUGCGUUUCGAGGUCUUCCAGCCGGGCGAUUACAUCAUACGUGAAGGAACCAUCGGCAAGAAAAUGUACUUCAUCCAGCACGGAGUUGUCAGCGUACUCACCAAAAACAGCAUGGGCAUGAAGCUCUCCGACGGCUCCUACUUCGGAGAGAUCUGUCUGUUGACCCGCGGUCGGCGUACGGCCAGCGUGAAGGCGGACACAUACUGCAGGCUGUACUCCCUCUCGGUCGAUAACUUUAACGAGGUGCUGGAGGAGUACCCCAUGAUGCGUCGGGCUUUUGAGACCGUGGCCAUCGACAGACUGGACAGGAUAGGCAAAAAGAAUUCCAUCCUCAUGCACAAAGUCCAGCAUGACCUCAACUCCGGGGUUUUCAACAACCGCGAGAACGAGAUGAUACAGGAGAUCGUGAAGUACGACCGCGAAAUGGUGAAACAGGUGGACCUACAGCGACCCCGUGCCAUGUCCAUACACCCCCGUCUCAAGGGAGCGCGUUUUCCCCCCCCCGGCAAGCCUAACACCAGUUCGGCCAUCGCUACCCUGCAACGAGCUGUGGCUAUGAGCUUCUGCCCCCAGAUGGCCAGCCCGUUGACCGGACCCCCAGCCCUACAGUCCCCUCGGAUGGUGCGUCGUUUCCAGGUGGUUCAGAGUCUCUCCAGCCCUGGGGCUGCCCAGGGGGCUUCUGGAGCCUUUGCUUCCGCCCACUCCAGCCCCCCCGUCCAGAGCCCCCUGGCCGGCACAGGGAGAACGUUCCAGUACGGCUCCAGUCCUCUGGGGGCUCCGACGGGAUCUCAGCUCUCUUUGGUGCAACAGCACACGGCCAGUCCCACGCACCGAGCCUCAGUGCCGCGGAGCAACCUCAGCCAGGACAUCCGGGCUCUGUCAGCCUCCCAGCCCUCCCUCCCCCACGACGGCCAGGCCGCCGCCGCCGCCGCUGCCCCCAGCCCCCCCGGGUCCACCCGGGUUUCUUUAACCUCCAUCGGGCCUCCUCAGACCCUCUCCGGCCCUGCGGGGCUCCCGGCUUUCAGGCCCGCCGUGCCGCCGAGAAUGGCGCUGACUCACCAGAUGUCGGUGGGGGCGUUCCCGCCUGCGUCUCUCCCCACCGUGGGCGCGACGGGGGUUAGGCCGAGCCAGCCGGACUCGGGUCUCCCGCCCAAGAAAGACUCUAUAGUCAGCCUUCCAGAGACAGACCACAUCAGAUCUAGAUUAUCUUCCAAUUUGUGA